UUGAAAUAUUCGUUAUAUCGUUUAUAAAGUUUAAUCGGGAUUUUGCAAGGAUACAAAUGGAACAAUUGUAAUACGAAAUAUGUUAUAUAAAAUACACGAUAAAUUGGGUUGAACGUAAAAGAAUUCUUUUUAAUACAGGAUACAUAAUACGAUUUUGGUCAUCGGCGAAUAUUUAAAAUAAUCUUUAUCGCACAUUUAAAAAUAAAUAUAACAACAGAAUCCUUCCAUUUUCACAAUCCAUUGCAAUUAAUCAUGACACAAAUGCAUAAACGUCUGUAAAAAUAUUAUAUUUCAUGCCCAAUUACCUAAAACCAACGUCCUCGGAUUCGAUGUGUUGGAAAUCGAUCUGCGCCAAUGAAUACGAUAAGCACAUUAAACACUGUUAUCUUGCCAGAGAUGCAAGUUUCAGGAAGCCAUAAUUUACACCCUUGCUAUUAUAUUCUGUGUAGUAAGGUGUUUUUGCAACUGUGAAACGGAGUAUAUAAUCGACUAACUGGUCCGUAAACCAUCAGUAGUCGAGACCUGGUGUAACAUGAAGGCGUCAACGAUACUACUGUUGUCUUUUGCGUCGUGGGUAGUGGCGCAUCCAGGUCUUCCGCACUCGGAAAAAGUCGAGGACAAUUCGAAAAAAGUAAAAGAAGAGAGGCAAGAGAAGUUGAAUGUAUUAAUUGAAAAUUUAAUAUCAUUGAAGGAUAAAUUUGUACCAUUGCAACUGUCUGAAAAUAGAAAGUUAGAGGAACUGGGGACAUAUAAUGUAGUGCAGCAGAAUAUCGAGAAAUUUGGAAUUCCUGCGUCACCAAUAGCGUUCUUUCUUAGCAAGGACAAUUUCAUCAUUUCGACGAUUUUAAAUGUGAUCGGAACAGCCAAAGAAGUGAUUGGAACAGCCAAAGAAGUGAUUGAAGCAAUCAAAAGCAAUGUUAAGAAAGUGAUAAAGUUGCCUCUCCUCGUGCGUGAAGAAAAGACACCAGGUAAUGUAGAACGCCUACGCCCGAAGUUACAUUGAAAAAGUUUACUUUUAAAGGAGCAGAUAAAUAAAGAAACAACUACAUGUUACUUUUUAAAGGAGCCAGUCUGGGCUUCGAGAAAACUGAUUCUGCUCAGUUGAAAGGGCAUGAAUCAAGUGGCAAAGACGAUUCUCGACUAUCGACAGGAAUUGAAGGAAUCGAUAUGAACGAGGUGAAAGAAGGUUACAGCAAUGGUUAUCGGAAAUCAACAGAAGGUGACGUAAAAGAAAUUGCCAGCGAAAAACACGUUAUUCACUCUGCUGAUUCUCCGGUAUCGUCGAAAGGGAAUGCAAAAACAAAUACCAGCGAGAGAAAACACUCGGAAGGAUCUCGGAUAUCAACGAAACUGGAAGAAAAAUCAGCUAGCACAAAAAAGCAGAGUCAUUCCGCCGAAAAAGCUGAGAAAAAGUCGUUAACUAGUGAAAAAGAAGAGACUUCUCAAGGUCCGAUGAAUGUUACGAAAAAAGUAGCCGUCGACGAGAAAAAGGACAAUUCAAAGAAGAGCAGAAGAAGCAUAGUAGCAUAUUGACCAUCGCUCGAUCGAACAGAGAAGUAAAUGCAUUAGAUAAGAAUAUAGAACAAUAAAGGAGAACUUAAUUUAAUAGGGAAAAAACACGAUUGUUCGUUUUUGUCAAAGGUAAACAAAAAUUUUCCAGAAAGUAACAAGGAAAGCAAGAUAACCGGACGAUACAAAAUUGAUCAAGAAACGUCUAUCGUUGAAAGAGAAAGUAAAAAUGCUUCACAUUUGUCUGAAAAAGUUGUUAAAAAUUUCAAGAAAAGACAUAGAAAACGCUGACACAAUGACAUCUGUCGAAAAUAAUAUAAUCACGCACAGAAUGCUCAAACAUGAAAGGAUGAACUCCAUCGAGUGAGAAAAUUGAUGAAAAAUCAUCCGCUGUCAUGUAACGAUCGAUCUGCUGGAAAAACAACUACGACCAGAAAAAGGCGACAAUCUUUACAGACUAUUUCAAGACAUCAACAGAAAUUGAUGAAUAAGCAGUAAUCGAGGAGGAAAAAGAUGGUUGCUAGCGGAAUUUUAUAUCAUCAACUGGAAUUUCUAAGCAAGAAAACUAGAAAAAGACGGUCACUGGAGUACCUCUAGUGAAUCGACCAAACGUGUCAUGCAAAACAUAACUUUCAGAAGCAAAUAGUUUUAAAGUAUCAAUCGAUGUCGUCGGAGAUGGAACCGAGAGCAUGGAAGAAAACGAACGCGUCAGGAUUUCUUGCGUAUUAGCUAGAAUUGAUGAGUAAGCGAUUGUGGACAGCAUUGAUGUCGUGAUAGAACGAUUGUGAAGGACUUUAAAGAAUAAACGUCAAGUGCAUAAGAAGGAAUACUAACUAAGGCCAUUCAAAAGAAUGAACAAUUAUAAAAUCAUUUGCAAAUAUCAAAAUGUCAUAUGUUUGAAAUAUUAACAAAUGCAUCUAUAAUCGCCAUUGUAUAAAAUAGUGAAUAGUAUAGUUAAUAUUGUAUGAGCUAAUGGACAAAUUAUUUCAAACGUUAUGGUCACAACUUGUAAUUUACAAGUAUAUGUAUUAGUGUUUCUUUAUUUUUAUGUAUCUUAAAGGUAAUACAU